UGAAUAUACCCAAAAAGGACACAUAUGCGAAUCUGUCAAGCGGUGGAAAAACGUGAAUCGACAUCAUCAGAUCACUCUUUUCUAUAUGUGAACAAUCCUAACGAAUCAAUUUCGAAGCCGCUUGCGUGUUGUACAUAAAGCAUUAAAAAUGUACGAUUUAAAGCCAAUAUUGAAGCCAGUUGACAUAGCAAUUCCAACAUGCAUGUACCCGAUGAAACCUAUCAUUAAUAGUGGCAGCAGCCAGCCAGUUACCCAGAGCACGGUAUUUAUGGAUCAUUUGUCUGAAAAAAUUAAGAUGUUAUUCGCAAAGGAAGAUCAACCAGAACUGCAAGCAUUGGUUGCAAAGCAGGAAAAGGUACUAAUGCAACUGUUCGAGCUGCGUCAAAAGAUCGAUUUGAUGCGAACUGAUUUGAAAAUGUGCAGGAAACCACCCCAAAUUAGCUCAUCAGCUCUGACUAAUUCUACUUCAAAGCCGGAACCCAAACAGCAAACGAGAACAAUUGAACCAAUCAACGUCUCUGAUCUGCAAGAUUUCGUUGUGAAUGCUAGCUCUGAAAACAUUCCGUACGGCUUGCUGGCAUUAAAGAAGUUGUGGAUCAGCCGACUAAAUCUUCACGUGGAAUGUUUUACACAUUCUACCAUCCUUAAACUUAGCGAAGAAGCACUGAACUUCCAGAACAUCAUCACCAAUCUCGAACCAACCAAGGAAAAUCUUCCUUGCAUAAAAGUGACACUAAUUUGGAAGAAUGUUGGUACGUACACUGAGAUGAUUACCUCACCGACUGCCUAUGUACCCAUCUGCGGAGAAGUAAACAUUUUACGUUUUCUGUCCCGCUGUGGUCCAAGUGAAUUCAACUACGAACGCCAACCCGAUGUGACUGAGGCAGAUUCCAUUCUAGAUGCCUGCUACAUGCUGAUAAACAAACAAAACAUCAAAGACAAGAAACAGAUUCUCAAAACACUAAGCUCGAAAUUGGGAAAAACUGCUAGCUUUGGUGGAGAGAACAUCUCUCUAUGUGACAUUGCGGCUACUAGUGCAAUAAAGCAGGUGCAGAAGGUACUGGGAAAGGAUAUCAAUCCGAACAUGGCGAAGUUGAUUUCGCGGGUGUCUGCAGCGGUUGGAAUCUGAGCAAAACGAACACUUACGACUAACACGAUUUUUUUUUUCUUCUGCAAAUCUAACAGAUUUU